AUGUCCGCGGGCACUCUUUACACGUUCAAAGGUUCUGGAAACAGCUACAAAGUUCGCUUGUUGGCUGCUCUACUUGACAUCGAUCUCACCCAUCAGGAGCUAGAUUUCCUAGGCGAUGAGCAACACUCGCCUGAAUUUCUGAAGAUCAACCCUCGUGGAGAGGUUCCUGUUCUCGUGGACGGCGACAAGACUUUUAACGACUCCAGCUCCAUUCUGACCUGGUUGGCAGGCAGAUGGGGAAAUAGUAAAGGAGCUCAAGGCCCAUCUUCGUAUUGGUCGAAUGAUCUCUAUGAGCAGGCCCAGAUCAUAAACUGGCUCUCGUUCGCCAACAGCUGGAUCCAGUACGGCGUCUUCACGAAUCGCGCAAUCCUCAGUUAUGCUGGCCCUUACAACGGUUUGGGAGGCAAUAAGAAUUGGACGCAAGACAAACUCGAUGUGUUCCUCGAGGAGGGCGAAAUCCGCGGAAACUACUCGCUCAAGGUCCUCGAUCAACAACUCGGUACGAGCGAAUGGCUCGCGCUGGGACGGCCAACCAUUGCGGACAUCAGCGUCUUCGUCUACGUAGCUCUCGCACCGAUGGGCGACAUAAGCCUAGAGCCGUACGCGAACGUUCGCGCUUGGAUCGAGCGGAUCAAGGGUUUGCCAGGAUUCUUUUCGAUCGAAGGUCUGGAUGAGCCGCUGCUUCACGUCUCCCGAUGGAAGUCGGCAGGACGACCUGAACCAAAGAAUGUCGGCAAGUAGAACAAAUCGCUUGGCCAGCGACAGACGAACAGUCGUCGGUCAAACGCAUAGAUAAUGAAUGGGCAAUGU